AUGAUGAGAGACGCAACAACUCCUCCACCUCCCUCGUCGCGACUGCGCACUCCUCCGGCUCCCAAACACGGCGCUGGCUACCACUCAUACCACCCCUACGAGCCUAGAAGGUCCCAGAGAGUUCACCGCCUGCACAACACCCACGACAAGCUCUCUCAAUCCUCAUCGUCGUCGUCGUCGUCGUCGCGCAAGUCGACUCUCCAGCGCACCACAUCAUCGCAAACCCUCUCGCCUCCCUCGUCUCCUGUCGCCGAGCCAUCAAGACCACAACAAACACCUGCCAGACCUACGCCUGUCCGCCAGUCGCUCUUCACACGCAACAGACCCUCCAACACCCCCAACGUCAACCCCUUGUUUGACAUCUUCGCUCCUCAACCACAACUUCCCACUCCGUCGUCCAUGCUGCCCACCCCCAAGAUGACCCCUCGCAAGUGCGACGCAAACGCCAUGCAGUCCACCGCUCGCAUUCUCAACUUCAAGCCUGUCACCGACCAGCCCGCCAAAUCCACUCCUCGCAAGAAGACCAAGUCGCGUCUCACCCUUGACGACGAUGACGAUGUUCACGACGAAGUCAAGGUCUUUACCGACGUUCAGGACCGUGUGCCUACCGUGGACCGCACCGAAGACAACCCCUUCAUUGGCCCCAGAAAGACCAGAGCUCGCACCCGCGCCCAGACUGCUCCCUCAACCUCAAUCGACGUCGACAUGGAGGACGCCCACGCUGACGAUGAUGAGGGCAUUCUCUACGUCUUCCGCGGCAAGAAGAUCUUCCGUCGCUUCGAGAAGUCUACCGAUGAGCCCGCCAACUCGGAUGCCUCUACCAGCUCAACCAAAAGCUUGAAGCGCCAGGCUGGUGUUGUUGCUUCCCGCCCCUUGACACGCUCAUCCUACAAGCCUCGUCUUCUCUGGCCAACCGCUAACAGCGAUGGCGACGCUGACGAGGAGGCUCUGACCGACAUUGAUGAGGAUAACGUCCCUUCUGCUGAGUCGGCUUCCUUCGAAUCUGCUCUUCAGCCGACAAAGACUCCUUCCAAGAAGGCCGUCGGCCACCCCGCCACUCCCCCUUCGUCUCACCGCCAGUCUCGCUCUGCCGCUCAGCAGAUUGCCAUCUUCGCCGACCCUCACAACGAGCUCAAUCGUGCUCUCGCUUCACCAUCCGUCACUCCCCAACCCCAGAAGGUCAGCGCUGGCCCUCUCUUCUCCAACUGGCCUCGCAGCAAGAACGCCGAUGAGAAGGCUGUUCGUGGUGAGAAGCGUCACCGUUCUACAAUGUCAGAGCCUGAUAUGCCCACCAAGCGCACUCGCUCCAGCCUUUUCACUUCCGACCGCCCUUGA